CAUGCUUACACUUUCACACACACCCUGCUGAGUAUCUUUCACCGCAUGACAACGAGAGAAAAUAUGAUGGCAGAAUUUGCCUUGUCGCCAGAGGUUGAGGCGUCGGGACCGAACACGUCGGCGAUAACGUCGGCGGUGACUUUUCAGCAUCAUUGUACCUCCGAGUCCCAGUCCUCCCCUCAGUCUGCGUCUUCCAAUGGGAUGAAGAAGAAGCUGAAGAGGAACAGAAUCAUUUUGAGUUGUCAACCUUGUCAUCGACGAAAGCAGCAAUGCGAUCGGGGUCAACCAUGUCAACGAUGUGUCGACAGAGGAACGAAGCACCUUUGUGCAUACGAACAACCCAAAGAACUUAGGAAACGAAAGCAUGUUACGGACAGCACUUUAGAUCAUAGAACCAUGGAGGUCAAGCUGCAGCUUGAAGACAAGCCCGCCACAAACGGGAUGUCUGAAGAGCUCACCGAGCGUAUCAAUCAACUCGAGGGAUUCGUCUCAAACACACUGAGUAAUCUGGACCCUACAGCUCUAGCGGGAUUAGAUGCAUUGAUGCAUUUAUUGCAAGCCGGAAAUUCUACUUCAUCGCCGGCAGCACCUCCCGUCUGCAGGUCUGUCGCCCCGGUCUCACCCACUCCGACGAUACCUGAGACAGUCACGAAAUUUGGGGCGAUGUCCCCCGACGACAUUCCUCCAGUUGCCGUAAUGGAUGAGUCUCCUCUUCUUCAUCCACACCCCUUUUCCCAGAUGGCAGAGGUACUACAACAGGCCACUCGGGGUGGGAAGACUUGCAAGAUCGCAGAGUUGUCCACCUUCUUUCCAAAUCUCGAGAUCACGGAUUUUCUCCUUUCCUACUUCUUCGAUGAAUCAUCUGUGCAAUGGUUGUGGCCAGUGAUCCAUCGGCCGUGUUUUCAGAACUUCUAUCUCACCUUCUCUUCUGGACCAAUACCACCGAGCAUCGAAUUCACUGCCCUGUUGGCGAUCACAUGCGCAACUGCAUUGCAAUUUCUUCCCGAAAGUGACAAGGACUCUAUAAUAUUCGCAGAUUAUGAACACGGGCGGCAUAUCUUACAACAAAGGAUGUACGAGUUUGCUCGCAACGUCUUGUUAGCCACGCCUCAGCCUCCUUUGUCUUCACUUGAACGUAUUCAAGCCUUGACUGUAUUUGCUUUGUACCAGUGGAAUGAAGGCAAUGCAGCGGAGUGCUACUACGUCGUUGGCCAGGCAAUUCGGAUGGCCCAUACCCUUGCCAUGAACCGUGACGGGGAGACAACUUGGUGCAUGAGGCCUCAAGAUGCUGAAAUUAGAAGGAGGAUCUGGUGGACAUUAUUCAUCCUUGACCGAUACCAAUGUACUUUAUACGGGCGUCCUUACAUUAUUCAAGAGCAGCACUGUGAUGUUACUUUGCCUAUGAACCUUGAUCAAGUCGAUUUGCGAGACGUGUCAGAGUUGGUACCGAAAGCUCUAGAUGAGCCAACAGAUUCUUUAUUCUUUCUGCUUUCCAGUCGAUAUGCGCAGCUUCUUGGCAGGAUGUGGGACAAAUGCAGCAGCGUCAGCAAGCCGACUUAUCGUACUAUAUUGGACAUCGAGGACGAAAUCCGCCAGUUUGAACUGGACAUUCCUGCCUCCUUUCGGUACCAAUCAAGUCAAGUUGCAUCUGCCCAUCCUUAUCUCACCUUUCAGAAUCAUAUGCUGACAAUGGGUAUUUUCCAUGCCCGCGCCGUCCUUAUGCGUCCAUUUUUACUCCUCCGUUCGGUCAAGGAUGGGCUAGAACCCAGUACGGAAGAGGAACGCAGAGUUUUCAUGUUUCAUCGACAUGCUAGGACUAUCUGUCUCAUUUUCUGCAAACGUGUAAUGGCCAUGCUGCAACUUAUUCAAAAUCAAGUUCCUCGCGCCCAUAUACGAUGGUCGGCUCUUGCGCAUCUUGUUUUCGAUUCUGCAUGUAAGCUCUGUCUUGCUUUUAUAUGCUUCCUUGUGAUUGAUUCAUACCCAGUAAUGAUGGGGCUGGCCAUAAUCAUGGAUCCUCACAACCCGGAAAAUGAAGAAAUCGAAGAGUGGAUCGCUUUUUCUCAAGUACUACUGAAGGACAUGGGCACUUACAACAAGCUCGCCAAAAUGGCUCUACAGCACUUGCACAUCAUUCGAAGCCGGACGAGACUUGUAUUCACCAUGGCCUGGGAGAAGGACACAGCUGCGACGCCUCCAGAGCCGUCUUUGCAACACAUUGCGCGAGCAACGCGAAUCCUAUCCCAGCUUCAGCCGUGCAUUGGAGAUCUGCUCGGACAUCGACUUGCAUUAGAUGGCUUCUGGUCCGGUAUGCGUGCAGGGGUUUUCACGAGCAAUUUCCCAUCUCUUGAGUCUUUGAGCGGGCCUUCGAACCCGGAAGCACUGGAGUGGUUCUUAGAUAACUGUUGUACAAUCCAGUUGAGGUUCCCGAGCGUUUGCACAGAGUAGAUUUUCUUGCGUAGACUAAGUAUGCGGUAGCCAUAGUAUUUGGUUUUCAUCGCCCGUUACUGGAGAUGGUUUGAUGGACGGUAUGUGUAUGUGUUACUUGUAAUAUCCAACGACUGUAUCUGUACUGGUAUUUGCGGCGUCGACGAUAUUCUGUAUUAUCCUCACAGUUUGCUCG